AUGGCGCAGAUGGCAAAGACGGUUUUGGCGAAGUGGUCUCCGCACCGGAUCUCCCCCUCCUCAUCGAAUGUAGUUUCCCGCUCCCAUAAAAUCUUCGACGACGUCGUUCAACUUCUCGCCUCACUCUCCGACUGCCCCGUCGAGGCCGAGAUCGGCCAGUUUAUGAAGCAGAUGAGCGCCACCACGAAAGAGGCGAGGAGAAGCAUGAGUUGCUGGAGCUGUUAUGACACGAAGAGGAAGUCUGGAGGCCCUCCACGAGCCCUAGCAAUAAUGACAAAAUUUAGAAGAACUAUGACCUCUUGUGGACUCAGUGACAUGGGUUUUGUUGGCAGUAGAUUCACUUGGCUAAGUAAACACACCAGGAAAAGGUUGGACAGGGGUUUUCAAUGUGUGCAAUGGCGCAGUAGGUUCCCAUUUAGUCGUGUCAUUACUCUCAAUCCAUCGGAAUCCGAUCAUUGCCCUCUUCUCAUUGAAGCUUUUUGUGAACGUCAAGUGAGAAAGCGAAUUAACAAGCCUUUUCGCUUUGAGGAAUGUUGGUAUGGCAGGGAGGAGUGUUUGAAUAUAAUUCAGCAACAAUGGUCCACGCCUACUACUGGCAAUGCACUACAACAAAUAGAAAACAAAACAAAGGCAGUGGGAGACAAAUUAAGGCUUUGGCAUCGCAUGGAUUUUAAUCAGCAGCAAACGGAGAUGCGAAUUGUUAAGGAAAAGCUUAAUGACCUCAUGAGGCAACAGCAUUCUGUACAACUGUAUGAGGAGCAAAGAUUGCUUCAUGUGCAUUAUAGUCAAUUAUUGUCAUUCCAAGAAACAUAUUGGAGGCAAAGAUCUAGAGCCUUGUGGUUGAAGGAGGGUGAUAGAAACACAACUUUCUUUCAUCGAAAAGCAAGUAACAGAAGGAGUCGCAACCUCAUUAAGGGACUGUUGGAUGAUCAUGGUAUAUGGCAAACUGAACCACAAGAAAUACAAGCAAUUCUUUUGCAAUACUUCCAAACUAUCUUCUCAGCUGAACAAGUGGAUGAGGAGGCUAUUGUUGUUGUCACUGCUGCAACCCCUUGCCGUGUAACACUACAAAUGAAUGACGCACUACUUGCUCCAUAUACUAAUGAGGAGAUAAAGAUGGCUCUUUUCCAGAUGCACCCAUCAAAAAGCCCUGGACCUGAUGGUAUGUCUCCUUUCUUCUAUCAAAAAUAUUGGACUGUAGUGUGUGAAGAUGUUUGCUUAGCAGUUAAAAAUUUGCUUGAACUUGUAGAUAUGUGGCCGAACUCCAACCAUACUUAUCUAUGUUUGAUCUCGAAGAUCCAAGACCCCAAAGAAGCAAUGCAUUUUCGACCUAUAGCUCUAUGUAAUGUCAUCUGCAGGAUUAGUUCCAAAGUUGUACCAAAUAGACUCAAGAUGUGGCUUCCUGACAUCGUCUCUCCCUUGCAAAGUGCUUAUGUCCCAAGUAGACUGAUCUCUGAUAAUACUCUAGUGGCAAAUGAAGCUGCACACUUCAUGCACAAACUCAGUGAAGGACUGUCAGCACUUAUUUCACAUGCAGUGCAGCAUCAGGUCAUUCAAGGACUUAAAAUGUGCCCUCAGGCCCCUACCCUUCACCAUCUUUUCUUUGCAGAUGACAGUGUACUCUUUGGCUCUGCUACUAUGGAAGAGUGUAUGCAUUACAAAAGAAUCCUUGAUAUCUAUGAAAAAGCUUCAGGCCAAAAAGUAAAUUUUCAGAAAAGCAGUGUGGUGUUUAGCAACAAUGUCAAUGAAGUAACGCAACAAGAAUUGGUGGCUAUUUUAAAUAUCCAAUGUUUAAAGGAGCAUGAUAAGUAUCUGGGACUACCUAUGAAAGUAGGAAGGUCCAAGUCUGCUAUUUUUGCGUACAUCAAGGAGAAGCUCGCAAAGAAACUAGUGAAUUGGAAGGCAAAAAUCCUAAGUGCAGCUGGAAAGGAAAUCCUCAUUAAAGCAGUGGCCCAAACCAUGCCAUUGUAUGCUAUGAACUGCUACCUGUUACCGAAGAGUCUCUGUGAUGACAUCCACCAAUUAUGUGCUUCAUUCUUUUGGGGAGACACAUAUGAUAAGAAGAAAAUUCAUUGGCGUAGUUGGGAGAGAUUAUGCCUAACAAAAGAUGAAGGAGGAAUGGGUUUUAAAAAUAUGUUUGCGUACAACCUGGCCAUGCUAGCUAAACAAGGGUGGAGGCUGCUUUCUAACCCAAACUCAUUGAUUGCACGACUUUAUAAAGCCAGGUACUAUCCAAAUAAUUCCUUUUGGGAGGCAGAGUUGGGUGAUUCACCAUCGUUUUCGUGGAGAAGCAUUCUCCAAGGAAGGCCGGUACUAAAAGCAGGAGUUCAAUGGUGUAUUGGUGAUGGGACACAAGUUAACAUUUGGAACGAUCGUUGGAUUCUAGACUGUCAACAAUACUUGAUUCACAAACCAUCUGAUUGUGUCUUUGAACUUGUUUCAGACUUGAUUGAUCAUGGCACAAGAACAUGGAUGUCGGCUGCAGUUUACACUAUAUUCCCACCUGGCAUUGCUCAGAAGGUUGUUUGCAUCCCUUUGGGUAGUCGUAAUAUGGUUGACAAACUCUGUUGGCGUCCAGAAAAGAAAGGUUUUUUCUCCGUCAAAACAGCAUAUUGGAUUGCCAGAACUAAUGUGUUAGCAAAUAGUCUCGCUUCCACCUCUCAUGGGAAUACUUAUCAUGCUUUGUGGAAACGUAUGUGGAAAGCCAAUGUUCUGGGAAAAGUUAAAAUAUGCAUAUGGAGAGCUUGCUCUGAUUUACUACCCACAAGAGCCAAGCUUUUUACGAAGGGGUAUAGGGGUGACCUUCGUUGUCUUCUAUGUUCCCAUUUUGUUGAAGAUAUAGCUCAUGUGUUGUGUAAAUGUCCGACUACGGUCGAAAUCCUCACUGCCACACCUUUCCACUUAGAGAGUAGUUUGCUCCCUAACAUUGAUUUUAAGGAAUUGAUGCUCGACCAUGCUUUGCAUCUAAAGCAGGAGGUUUUUGACAAGCUUCUGAUGGUUCUAUGGGCUUUAUGGUAG